UGCCUCGUGAAGGCGGGAAAAUUUAAAAGACGAAAUUGCGACAUAAGUUUUGUUUGAAAUGUUGUGGAUUAAUCCUUAAUUUCUUGUUUGGUGAGUCUUAAAAGUGUUCUUUUAUCUUUUUAUAGUAAUAAGUUUUAGUUGUGAAGAAAAAUUUAGCAUAGCUUUGAAGGCAUAAAAGUGUUUUAUACUCGAGAACACGACUGUGUUAUUAAUAAAUUUCUAGCCGCCAUAUUUUAUUUUGUUUGUCAGGUUUGAGUCGCGUUUACUGUAUUAAUUGUUCUUUGGUAAGUAUACAAAUUAUUCUUCUAUCUUUGUGGUAUUAUAAGAAGAGGUUUCUAUAGGAGAAUUUAACAUAUAGUUUUUCAGGCAUGAAUUUUUUGUUUGUUAAUUUUGUGUGCCGUUUGCUAGCAGACUAUUAAACUCCAAUCUCGUUCCCCGAGCCUGCGAUCCUCGGGAAGGAACGUGAGACUCUGGGAGGCAAAAAAAAAAAUAUGUGGGUUUCCGGUUUCCCGACCCUACCUAGCUUUUGGACGUCGAAAUCCCGACCCUAAACUUUUUUAUUGGAUCAUGCUUGUAAGUGUUUCCACUUAGAGGAAAAAGUUUAUGGAAAAUUGAAAUUUGAGGCAAUGUUAGGGAAAUUUAUCUUUGGAUGUGGAAGCACUGACUAAACAAAAUGGCGUCCGCUUAUUCGGAAAAUUAAAAAAAAAGUUAAAAAAAAAAAGUUAAAACCGACCUACCCUACCUAAGUUUUUAUAAGAAGAAACCGGAAACCCACAUAUUUUUUUUUGGCCUGGGAUAACCCUAGCCUCCUCCGCAGGCAUCGCCUUUCGAUUAUCGGGCAACUGAAGUAUGUGAACUACGAGAUGCCUGCCGAGGAGCCUAGGAUAAUCCGUUUCAGGGAGGAAUCUGAUUAGCCCUUUGGUCUUAGCCAGGAUUCCUGGCUUCCGGCAACAGAUUAUCCCAGAGCCUCGCGUUCCUUCCCGAGGAUUGCAGGCUCGGGGAACGAGAUUGAUUAAACUCGGGGUCCGUACAAAACUUGAAAGUCCUUGAAUGUCCUUGAAUUUGAAAACAAAAAUUCAAGGCCUUCAAUAUCCUAGAAUUUGUAAAGAAAUACUUGAACAUCCUUCAGACUCAUUGUUUUCAGGGUUGGUUGUCUUAGGCUCGGUGUUUUCAGGCUCGGCCAUUUUCAGGCUCGGUCGUUUUCAGGCUCGGUGUUAUCAGGCUUGGUUGUUGUCAGGCUCGGUUGUUGUCAGGCUCGGUUGUUGUCAGGCUCGGUGUUUUCAUGGUCUGUGUUUUCAGGCUCGGUGUUUUCAGUAACUUCAUUAACUGUGCAUAGAUUCGUAUAUCUUACAUAUAUGCCAUGCACAAGAGAAAAUGUCCAAACAGCAAACAACUAAGGCCUAAGCCACAUAAGGUGUCAAAGGGGGUCUAGGGUUGGUUGGAUUUGUUGUUAGAUAAAUAAGUGGGAGAUGUUCUUCAUUAAGUACUAGUAGUGACAGUGAUACAUUUUCUAAAAAAGAUCGUCAAACACCUUCUGUGUGCAUAGCAUGACAAACAAACACACAAAUGUACAUUGUAUACAGUACAUGUUCCAAUUGUUUGUCAGACUUUUAAUAGCUAAAUUAUAUACAUGCUUUAAAGUAAUUUUAAUAACUAUUCCCACAGUAUGAACGACUUAAAUACUUUUUAUAUAUUACCUAAAAAUAAUGUGUUUUCUAAGCAAGUCAAUUAAGUAGCACCUUGAAAAGCUCCACAACAUUAUAUUAUUCUAUUUUCAAAUAUAUAACUUGGUAUGCUUAACUUAAAUAUUAACUCUCUCUGUUUGUUAUGCUUGUUCAGUUCUUCUUGUCCAUCUCGGACUCUGAUCAAGAUCAUAUACUGUACUUGAGAAGAUAAUAACAGAUUUCAAAAACACAUGGCAGGGAUUAUUACAAGCACUUUUCUACACGGUAGUAAAAGCCCAAUCUUUAUUUGAGUUUUGAAACUCUCAAACGUUCUCCGUAGUUACAUUUUUCACAAUAUAUGUACAUUGAAGAAAUUGUGGCAAAUGUGAAUAAUUAACUGUAAUAGGAAGAAAGUACUUGAUCGUUGUAUAUUCUUCAACACGGCUUAUAUUGACGGUUAUAUUUUUGCUCAAAAAUGCUUUCUGAAUGCCGGAAAUUUUAUUUCAUAUAGAGACAAAAUCAAGAAAUUUUCGGGGCAGAGGAGUGCUUCCUACUAACACUCAAUCCUCUUCUGGAAAAACGUCAGUAGUCCAAACUGCUUGUAUAAAUCCCUGCAAAUGAUACAUCCUUCUAAACCAAGGCAGCAUAUUCUGCCUUAUAUUGCUUCUUGAUUGUAGCAUAUAUGUUAGUUAGAAGGUCUGUAAAGACCUUGGGUCUCAACAUUGCAAUGCAAGGCUAUAUGAGCUGCCUUGGUAUAGACUUCCUCACGAACCAUAUUUAGGAGGACUUCGUACAGGUGGUAAUGGUGGGGUGGAAUGCAUCCUAGGCAGAGGUUGGCCUGCAGCCCCUGAGAUAGGUGGUAUAGGGGGGUUAUGUUGUGGGGGGAGAUGUUUAGGAGGGGGUUGGGUGGCCUGCUGAAGCCUUCGUGUAAGAUCUUCUAUGCGUAUGUCCUUGAGAUGCAAGAGAUGUUCCAGUCUUCGCACUUUGACUUGGAGAAUCUAGAAAGGAAUACAAAUUAUUGUACAAAUGAAUGCCACAAAGUCAGUUACAGACAAGCAAAUUUGUACACUUGUUCAAAAGCUAGUAUACUGGCAAGUAAUCAAGCACCUGUAUCGUUUCUUGCGAGGCCAACAAUGAUUGCUCCUUUUCUUCAAGUAGUAGUCGAAUAUUUUGAGGACUGUCUACAGACUGAUGAGAAUUCUUUUCAUGAUGUUGCUGCCUUUAAAAUAAAGUCAUUAAAAUUGUUAGUUUUGGUCAAAAAUUGGAUGAGACAUUAGCACAAGCAGGGUUCGUAGUCUCCAAGACCAAAAAAAUUCAAAGACUUUCAAAGAUUUUUUCUGCCUAUUUUCAAAGACUUUUCAAAGACCUUUGAGAGCAAUCAGCUGUCGAAAAAUUGCUAGUGUAAGUACCAUUUUUACCCAGUAAUUAGUCCCGUCAAAUCACAUCCUCAAAUGCGCAUUUUCGUCGAUAUUUGCGAAAAUCUUGAUUCAAUCAAUCUAUUUUAUUACCUAAGAAAUCGUAUAAUCAAUUCCUCGCUAAAGAAUUUAAAGACUUUUAAAGACUUUCUUCGCUUUUUCACACAAUUUAAAGAUUUUUCAAAGACCUUAAAGACCUGCAUUCCAAUUUAAAGACUUUCAAGGAUUUCAAAGACCGCUACGAACCCUGAAAAGGUUUGUCUUGCUUUCCUGGGCUAUAAUUUAUGCACGACAGUUGAUUUGCUGGCCGGGGUAUGCUGUGCCUUUCUAUAGUUUCAUAUUUCCAUUUUCGUUUGGUGUUCACAUGCACCAUUAGACAAAGAUCUUCUCAAUCAACCUACCCUACGUGUGAUGUUCUUUUACCAAGCGAUGGUUUACCAUCGUUACCAGAUUCCCUUUUGCGACUGUUCUGACCAACCUUUGGUCCAUUCAUGUGAGGCUGGUUGAACUCCGGAUGAGACGAUGUUUGAUUGUAUGGACUUGCUUGGUAGUGCUAACAAAAAAUGCAUAGAUGCCUUUAAUUAAUUCAAUGUCACUGAACAAGAAAUUGUCCUAUAACUAAAGCAGAAAAAUUAAAAGUACGCUGCCUUAAAGAACUGGGGCUGGUUGUUCAAAUGUGGGUUAGUGCUAACCCUGGGUUAAAAUUUAACCUGCUGUUUUAGUUUAUGUAUUUCUGCACGUGUGUUUAUUUCAAAACUUCAGAAAAGUGAACUCCUAUCGAUCCAGACAAGAUCUCUGAAGAAAUGUUUCCAAAUUUAUGGACAAGCUGUCAGGAAGUUGGCUUUGAAUUUUAGUUUAACCCAGGGUUAAACUAACCCAGCUUUGAACAACCGGUCCCUGCUGGUAUAACCGAAGAAGGAGAUGGAAUAGAGGAAACAUUCGCUUAAAGGGUUAACUACACUACAAUAUUUUUUUAAUUAAACAAACCUCUUGAUGAUUUGUAUGCAUAGCAUAGGAACUGUCUGCCAUUUGUUGUUGAGGUACUGCAUUGAAGGCAUACCCAUAUGCAGUAUAAUCACCACCACCUAACCAAAAUAAUUAUAUAAGUAGAAAGUUUAUAAAUACUUCGGGCAAAGUGCCUUAUUAAUGCAUGUGGACUUUGAAAUCCCAGUAAAGUCCUAAUUUUGUAAUUUACAUUAAUUAAGUUUCAAAGUACUUGCACUAAAAGUGUCCUUUCAAAACACUAAUUAAAUAUUGGUUUUUACUAUGUAUUUUUUUUGUAAUUCAAUAUGGAGUUUUAGACUGUUAAAUUUUAGAAGUUUAGGUUUUGUAUUAUCCAUAUGUUUUUAUAAUUAAUUGUUUCUUAAAUCAUCUAUGUUGAGAGAGGCUAGGAAUAGAUGUUACAGUAUGACCUCAAAGGAUUUUUAAAGUUUUGAUUUUGGUCAAUCUUGCUACAGCUGUGUGCAGUUGAGCUCAAAUUUCUCAGGUUAAAACUUUGAAAACGGAAUUCUGGCGUUUGAAAACCAAGUUCUGCCACUUGAAAAGGGAGUUCUGGCAUUUGUAAACUAAGGUACUUCUGGCACUUGAAAACGGUGUUCUGGCAUUUGAAAAGGGAGUUCUGGCAUUUGUAAAGGGAGUUCUGGCAUUUGUAAAGGUACUUCGGGCAUUUGUAAAGGUACUUCGGGCAUUUGAAAAGGGUGUUCUGGCAUUUGAAAAGUGAGUUCUGCCAUUUGAAAAGGGAGUUCUGGCAUUUGAAAUGGUACUUCUGGCAUUUGAAAAUCAAGUUCUGGCAUUUAAAAACCAAGUUCUGGCAUUUGCAAACUUAAGGUACUUCGGGCAUUUGAAAAGGGUGUUCUGGCAUUUGAAAAGUGAGUUCUGCCAUUUGAAAAGGGAGUUCUGCCAUUUGAAAAGGGAGUUCUGCCAUUUGAAAAAGGGAGUUCUGGCAUUUGAAAAGGGUGUUCUGGCAUUUGAAAAGGUACUUCUGGCAUUUGAAAACCAAGUUCUGCCAUUUGUAAAGGGAGUUCUUGCGUUUGUCAAAGUGUUGGAUCAGGAUGUUACCAAUGGGGAGUCCCAUUCAUUUUAUUUGCUCACUCAUUUUAUUAAUUACAAUGCGAGUUGACUUGUCACUUGUGGUAAGUCUAAUGAAUUAUAAUUAAUGAUUGUGUCAUGUACGUACCGUCUAUGGUCUGAUAUGAGGAAGUAUCCGACACUGGGUCAGGUGAAAACUCGUCAUAAACCUGAUGUUGCUUUCGUAAUGCUGCAGCUUUUUUCUUAGCUAUAUAUUUAUCAAUCUACAAAAAGGAAAAACACUCAGUCAGUGUAUGUAUUAAUUAUUUAAUACUCAGCCAGUGUACAGUAUGUAUUCAAACACUCACUGGCAGGGUGCAGCUUAAUACCGGUACCCAAAUACAUCCAUUCAGUUCCUCAACUAAUUGUCACUGAGUUCCAAUAAGUUGAACCCACUGUUAGAUUUAUUAAAAUAAUAGUGUAGGGCGUGUUAGCUAGGGUAUGCAGCCAGUCCAUAGUUUCCUCAGAGUUAAUUCCUUGAAACAUUUCCUAUAAAUCCUUCAAGAGUUAGAAAUUACUUAAUAAUAUGCAUAAUUUACCUUAUUUCUUAGAUUUAUUAGGAACACUUCAAUUGCACCAGAUUGGCACUUGCAAACACCAUCCAACAAGUCAUCGGAAACUUUAUAUUCUAAUCGACCCAGAACUUUUCCUAACAAUUACAGUAAUUUACUGUUUUUCAAAUCAAUACAGUACCAUGGCACUGUGUCAUAAUGCUUAACCCAUUGAGUGGCAGCACUCUCCCCAUGACAAGUAAAAUUGUCUGGUGUUAGACAUGGUAAAAUAAUAAAUUAGGGUGCAUCUGGGUGCAUUGACUCUUAAAGGGUUAACAGGGUUCCUGGGCGAUAGUCUGAUUACCCCAUUGAGUGGCAGCACUCUCCUCCUGACAAGUAAACUUAUCUGGCAUAAGACAGAAUAAAAUAAUAGGGCACAUUGCCACUUAAUCUCCUGACAAGUAAACUCAUCUGGCAUUAGAAAGAGUAAAUGUAUAAUUAAUUAAUAGUAAUUAUUAAUUUAGUAGGGUACAUCUGGGCACAUUGCCACUUAAAGUGUUAAGCCAUUAAUUAUUUUUGUUAUCAUUAUAUAACUUUUCACUUUACUUUGCAAGGUACUCCAAUUGUCCUUCUUCUGUGUGAUUGAGUUUGCAGCGGAAUAGUUAUGUAUUUCAACCAGCUUGGGUAAGAAGUGACUUACUAUUUCUGCCACUAAAACUAUAAUCAAUUUAAACUUGUAUUAAUUUUAAUUUCUGUUGUCAAUAUUAAUUAGGCUGUGGUUAUUGUUCCGACACCUGAACUUUAAGUUACUGUAUAUGGCUAUAGAUUCAACAAAAGUGUUUUCCUCGUUCUUUAAACAUGCUGAAAUGAUACCAAAUAGAUUUUAGUUGAUUUCAAGCAAUUCCUCUGUAGUAGAGUGGUAAAGGCACUUGGCUUUGCAUACGCUAUCAUCCGGAUCAAAUCUGGGAGUGGAAUUUCAAGUGUAUGUGUAGUUCUUCUACCUGCGAAUGUGUAGAACGGUUAGCGUAAGAAAUAUAGUUAGAGUAGGAGUCCAGGACAGGUUAAUAAAAAAUUUAUUGUCCAUAAACAUGAAUAUUGUAUGUACGCAUGUCAGAUAAAUAGCCAGCCAUAGAACCUAAAGUUCUGGACUUCUGGUGUCGGGUGAACAACCGCAUAACCAUUUGGGUUAGCACUAUUUUCCAUCCAGCAAACUGACCUGACGUCAUUUUCGGAAGAUGGAAGAGGUGUUGAAUGGCUAUGUAACUGACCCAAACCCUACUCUAACUGCAACCCUAACUCUAACCCUAACCGAAUUAAUAAAAAAUCCAAAAAGAAACGACUUUAGAAAAUCGAUAGGGCGGUUUGCUGGAUGGAAAAUAGUGCUAUAAACCAUCUAUUUGUCAAGACAUUACUGACGGACCUGUUUGUCUUUAGUUAAUCUGUGGUUCUAUCACUGACAAACCCAAUUAUUUAAAACCUCAGCAAGUUUAAUCUGAAUGGGUACUUAGCACGAGAAAACAAAUAUUUGAUGGCAUGUUUUGGUAGAGUGAUUUAUAUACCCAACUGUCUGUGGUUGUGCGACAUGCUGAGCCAGUGCAGAUAGUGCAAAUAAUAUCAACAAGCGGGAUGCAAUUACUUUUAGGGAUGCAAUUACCCAAAAAAUAUAAGGAGAAUUUUCUUCGCUCGAAACGUCGAAAUUCUCCUUAUAUUUUUCAGAAAUUCGGGUACUGUAGUUGCCAUCCCUAAAGUUUGUUUAUAUUCAGCAUAUUGUGGUAUGUUGUGUUUUUGAUAGUACAUGUAUUGAAUAAUCACUCGGAUACGGUAAACUGAAGUAUUCCCAUAUUCCAUAUAAACCUCACACUACCUCCAUCACUAAAAUCACGCGCUAUAUUUCGCUUUGGUCUUGACAAAGGAAUCUCGUCGAUCCAAGUAUACAAUACUUGUAGCGUUUCAUCGUCUAAAUCAUCCAUAGUUUUUAUUUCUCCGCCAUUUUCCAUAGCGAAAUCCUUGGCAAGUAUUUCUGCUCAGAAAUUCCUCGCCAAAACAUCUAGAUUUUCACAGCAAGUGAGCGUAAAUUGAACAUUUCUGUCAUUGUUUUGAACAAAUUGAGACCGCCAUCUUGACUUCGUUUUCGGCUGUCCGUUGCCAUGGUAGCAAAGCUUUUGAUGUGAUUUAUGCCAUAAAUUAUAGCACAGUUAAUAAUUUAUGCCAUAAAUUAAAAGCAAUUUAUGCAACAUUAAGCCACAGAAUAGGAAGUUAUACCAGAAGCGUAACUCGAGCAAAUAUUUGUCCGCGUUUUUACAAGCGAUUCGUCAUCAAUCACGCCAUCCUGGCUAGUACAACCGGCACUUUGUACCUACCAAAUCCUGAUAAAAACUUCCGGCUGUACUAGCCAGGAUGGCGUGGCCUGACGUGGCGAGUUAAAAUUUUCGUGGACGUCAAACAAUAAGGGAAACGACUAGAGUUACGCUUCUGGUAUAACUUCCUAUUCUGUGAUUAAGCGGUGCUGAAAAGUGAAAAAUUACCAAAAUUUUCAAGCACAAAAGUGUUGAACACUUUUAUUGGUAAGCCAAUAAAAUGUUGAACAUUUUCCGGUUUAUGUUUAGUCAUAAAAUUUCAAAUUGUCUUAUCUCAAAGGAAAGCAUCGUAUAAAUACUGCACAUAUAAAUCAUGUCACAAAUCUAUAACCAGCUAACAAGCUUCAUGCUUACUGACUGGGCUAAGCGAAACCUUUGAAUGCUCGUUUACAGACAUCAAAGUUUCCCAUUGGUUUCCCAUGAGAAUACGCAGUGUUGCUAUCUACAGCUGUUCAUUCAUUGAUGCAAACGACGGUAGGAUUACGUGUCCCCACGAGAGAUGCCCACGCGUGGGAUCAAUGUCCACGCGUGAAUCGGGACGACUUCGCGGAAACUCUCAUGGCCACUUUUUUCGCAGCAACAUGAAUGUGAAAAUAUGUAUUUACACAACUUUUUCUGCUGAGAUUUGGACGGUUUUGGCGUGGUGAUGCGAGCUAGUAAUGACGAUGCUUUUAUACUUUUAAACUAUGUCUCAACAGGCACGACCGAGCGUGCCUGGCAAGGAAAAGAUGCGACAGAAAUCAUGGACUCAAGACAGCGAUCAAGAUUGGCAACAUUUUGCAGCUGGCGCCGGUGCGAGCGCGAUCAAUAUCCUUGCUACAUAUCCAGUAUUUAAAGUAACGUUUCGGCAACAAGUCGAUGGAUCGAGGCUUCUUGUUGCUUUAGCCCAGAUAAAGAACGAGGGUUUUCAUUUCCUCUACCGAGGCGUUUUGCCACCGUUGUUACAAAAAGCCGUAUCAGUCUCUAUUAUGUUUGGACUUUAUCACAGAUUUAAAAGAGACCUAAAUAACUCGUUUCCGCAAAUCCCAACACAGAUUAACAACAGUGUGGCAGCCAUUCUUGCCGGUUCGGCCGAGGCCAUCCUUACUCCGUUCGAGCGAGUCCAGACUUUACUAUCGCAUCGAAAGCAUCACGAUCGAUUCCUGAAUACACUUCACACAUUCCGAGAGUUACGGGUCUACGGUAUGAAAGAGUACUACCGAGGGCUAACCGCCAUCCUUCUGCGGAAUGGUCCGUCGAAUGCAAUCUUUUUCGGAUUCCGAGGUUACCUAAAGGACAUGUUACCGGAAGCGCAGACUAGUUUUGAAAAUACCAUUCAGGAUUUUAUAUGCGGUGCCCUGCUCGGCGCUACUAAUAGUACCAUUUUUUACCCUCUGUCUGUGGUUAAGUCGAACAUGCAAAAACAUGUCGGCGGCGAGUACUGGAGCGUACAAAAGACAUUUCAGAGUAUUUUUGAGACUCGUUGUCGACGUAUAUCCCGUGUGUAUCGAGGGGCGUUCAUGAAUUGCUCACGAGCCAUUGUGUCGUGGGGCAUAAUUAAUGCAUCUUUUGAAAUUAUAUUAUCAGGCCUUAGGUAUAUUAGCUGAUAAUAAUAUAUUUGCGUGGCUUUUUAAUAAUAUAUAAUGAAGUUUUUAAUAGAGUAGAUGAACUGAAAAGAAAGAAUGUAAUAAAAUAUAUUUAUUUUGAAAGAAUUAGUCAACAGGGCUUUAGAUUUACCUAAUUUGGGCAUUCAAGGUGUUAGCCAGAAAAAUAUUAGAAAAUUUGCCAAUUUAACCCUUUAUGUGGCAAUGCGCCAACAGGGAGCCCAUCCCGGGUCUUAUUGGG